GGGUGUCUGGGCUAAACUUCACCAAAUAAUAGCUGUUUGUAUUUUGGCUGCUGCAGGAGCCAUUUUAGAUCCUAACAGCCUCCAGACACCAGGACAAGACUUUGACUGCAUCACUUCUGUGAUCCAGGUGGCCAUGUACAACUGGGAAUCAUCAAUAUAUUGAUGUUGCUACACUCUGAACUGAUGGAUGACUUCUCUGAGUGGCUUCAUGAUAUAAAAAGUAGGAAGGAGAAAACCAAGUUCUGUUGCAUUGGAUCAGUUUUUCCUUCUCUACAGCCAUUGACUAGGACUGUUCAUUGAGGAAGGAGUGGAAUCAUUGAACACAGUGCCUUGCAUAUGGUCUGAAAGGAUACCAUUGGUGAUGGUAUUGAAGACUACCGAGUGAUCUGGAUACUGAAAUAAAAAUGGAGGAGAUCUUACUCUGAAGUGUUCGCAUUCUUUGGUUUCCAAUUUUUGAACUGAACAAGUUCCUUCAUUCCUCUCCUCAAACAAAGGCAAUGUAUUGCUCCUGGAAAAGAAAUAAUAUAUACCACAAAAUUGAUGAUCAUGAAAAUACAGAAGAAAGAAAAACAGCUGCCAAAUUUUAAAGUAUUGACUCAUUCCCCAAUGUCUGAUGACUCCAUCACCUUUGAAUGCAAGCCACGGUCCCCUUUUGAUGGAAGUCCAGAUCAGGAAGAUUUGAGUGACUUGCUGACAAUCUCUGACUUGGCCAGUGUGAGCCUGGCCCAUAAGGACCAUCAAAAUGUGCUGUCCGUGGAGGUACCCAGUGAGAUUGUGCAGAAUAUGAUAACCUGCCAUAAUGGGAUGCAGGACGAUGGGGUUGGGGGUACUGGGGUAAAAAAGAAACGAAAGAAAAAAGAGCUGGGGCAGCAAGAGCUGGGCAAUGAGAGAGAAGUAAAACCAAAGAGGAAAAGAGAACCUAAGGAACCAAAAGAUCCCCAAAAGCCCAAGGAGCCCAAAAAGCCCAAGGAGCCCAAGCAGGAAGGGGCCAAGAAACUCAGGAAGCCUCGGGAGCCUAAAGCCCCAAAGGAGUCCAAAGAGAAGAAGAACAUCUUAGAGACUUCCUCCAAAGCCAAGCCCAAGAAAUCCAGUAUGGAGCAAGGACCAACUCCUGUUGAAAAGAAGAAGAAAGGAAAAAGGAAAAAUGACACGUCACUUGAUAGUUUAGAAUUGGAUCAAGGCCUCCUUUCAUUGUCUGGACAAAACCUUGAAGAAUCUGUUGAAUCAGUUGACAGUCAGAAGCGCCGUUCCGGACGCCAGGUGAAGCGUAGGAAGUAUAAUGAAGACUUGGAUUUCAAGGUGGUUGAUGAUGAUGGUGAAACAAUAGCUGUACUGGGUGCUGGCCGAGCUUCUGCACUUUCUGCAUCUACCUUGGCUUGGCAAGCAGAGGAACCUCCUGAGGACGAUGCCAACAUCAUUGAGAAAAUUCUUGCCUCCAGGAUGGUGCAGAAAGAGAUUUAUCCUGGAGGAGCAACUUAUGAACAGGAAGAGUUCUAUGUAAAGUACCGCAAUUUUUCUUAUUUGCACUGUAAAUGGGCCACCAUGGAGGAGCUAGAAAAAGAUCCCCGGAUCUCCCAGAAGAUUAAACGCUUUCGCAAUAAACAGGCCCAAAUGAAGCACAUUUUCACUGAGCCUGAUGAAGAUCUGUUCAAUCCAGACUAUGUGGAAGUUGAUAGAAUUCUAGAAGUGGCUCACACAAAGGACUCCGAAACUGGGGAGGAGGUGACUCACUACCUGGUGAAGUGGUGCUCCUUACCCUAUGAAGAAAGUACUUGGGAACUUGAGGAGGAUGUUGAUCCUGGGAAGAUUAAAGAGUUUGAAUUUCUCCAAAUUCCUCCAGAACUUAAAUCCUUGGAGCGUCCUGCCUCAGAGUCUUGGCAAAAGCUAGAGAAGUCUCGGGACUAUAAGAAUAACAACGAAUUGCGAGAAUACCAGCUGGAGGGAAUGAAUUGGCUGCUUUUUAACUGGUAUAAUAGGAAAAACUGCAUUCUGGCUGAUGAAAUGGGUUUGGGGAAGACGAUCCAGUCCAUUACAUUCCUCUUUGAGAUCUAUCUGAUGGGUCUUCGAGGUCCAUUUCUCAUCAUUGCUCCACUUUCCACCAUCACAAACUGGGAGCGAGAAUUCCGUACUUGGACUGAGUUGAAUGCCAUUGUGUACCAUGGCAGCCAGAUAAGCCGCCAGAUGAUCCAGCAAUAUGAGAUGGUUUAUCGGGAUACACAGGGUAUUCCUCUUCCUGGGCUCUUCAAAUUCCAGGUAGUUAUUACCACGUUUGAGAUGAUCUUGGCAGAUUGUCCAGAGCUGAAGAAGAUCCACUGGCGUUGUGUGGUUAUUGAUGAGGCCCAUCGGCUCAAGAACAGGAACUGCAAAUUACUGGAAGGAUUAAAGCUCAUGUGUCUGGAACAUAAAGUGCUGCUGACUGGGACACCCCUGCAGAACUCAGUGGAGGAGCUCUUCAGCUUGUUGAACUUCUUGGAACCACAACAGUUCCCAUCUGAGACAGCCUUUCUUGAGGAGUUUGGGGAUCUCAAAACAGAAGAACAGGUGAAGAAACUCCAGUCUCUUCUAAAACCCAUGAUGCUGCGAAGGCUGAAGGAUGAUGUGGAGAAGAAUCUAGCACCUAAACAGGAGACCAUCAUUGAAGUAGAGCUGACCAACAUCCAGAAGAAAUACUAUCGAGCCAUCCUGGAGAAAAAUUUUAGCUUUCUAUCCAAGGGUGCUAACCAGCAUAACAUGCCUAACCUCAUCAAUACCAUGAUGGAGUUGCGCAAGUGCUGCAAUCAUCCCUACCUCAUUAACGGAGCAGAGGAAAAGAUCCUAGAAGAUUUCCGUAAAACCCACAACUCAGAAGCUCCUGAUUUCCAGUUGCAGGCAAUGAUCCAGGCUGCAGGCAAGCUGGUGCUGAUUGAUAAAUUGCUGCCAAAGCUGAUUGCAGGCGGGCACAAGGUGUUGAUCUUCUCCCAGAUGGUGCGCUGCCUUGAUAUCCUGGAGGAUUAUCUCAUCCAGCGGCGAUAUACUUAUGAGCGCAUUGAUGGCCGGGUUCGUGGGAAUUUACGUCAGGCUGCAAUCGAUCGCUUCUGCAAGCCAGAUUCAGACCGUUUUGUUUUCUUGCUCUGCACAAGGGCAGGAGGGCUAGGCAUCAAUCUUACUGCUGCUGAUACCUGUAUCAUCUUUGACUCAGAUUGGAAUCCACAGAAUGAUCUGCAGGCUCAGGCUCGCUGCCACCGAAUAGGGCAAAGCAAGGCAGUUAAAGUCUAUCGCCUCAUCACCAGAAAUUCCUAUGAACGAGAGAUGUUUGACAAAGCCAGCUUGAAACUAGGAUUAGACAAGGCAGUGUUGCAGGAUAUCAACCGCAAGGGAAGCAACAAUGGGGUGCAGCAGCUCUCCAAGAUGGAGGUUGAAGACCUAUUGCGAAAAGGUGCUUAUGGGGCUUUAAUGGAUGAAGAAGAUGAAGGCUCCAAAUUCUGUGAAGAAGACAUAGAUCAAAUCCUGCAACGUAGGACCCAAACCAUCACUAUUCAAACUGAAGGGAAAGGCUCCACAUUUUCCAAGGCCAGCUUUGUUGCUUCAGGAAACAGAACUGACAUUUCAUUGGAUGAUCCCAACUUCUGGCAGAAAUGGGCAAAAAUAGCUGAAUUGGAUACUGAUGCAAGAGAUGAAAAGGAGAGCCUAGUGAUUGACAGGCCCCGUGUCCGUAAGCAAACCAAACACUACAACUCCUUUGAGGAAGAUGAGCUGAUGGAGUUUUCAGAGCUGGACAGUGACUCUGAUGAGCGACCCACACGUUCACGGCGUCUCAAUGAAAAAACACGUCGGUACUUAAGGGCAGAAUGUUUUCGUGUGGAGAAAAAUCUGCUUAUAUUUGGCUGGGGACGUUGGAAAGACAUUCUGACCCAUGGCCGGUUUAAAUGGCAUCUCAAUGAAAAAGAUAUGGAGAUGAUCUGCCGAGCACUGCUGGUCUACUGUGUUAGACAUUAUAAGGGAGAUGAGAAGAUUAAGAGUUUUAUUUGGGAUUUGAUCACUCCAACAAAGGAUGGACAAAACCAAGCCCUACAGAACCAUUCAGGAUUAUCAGCUCCAGUGCCAAGAGGAAGGAAGGGGAAGAAAACCAAAAGUCAAAUGCUGUUACCCGAGAUUAAGAAUGCAGAUUGGCUUACUACUUGCAACCCUGAAAUUGUCCUACAUGAUGAUAGCUACAAAAAGCAUCUGAAACAACAUUGCAAUAAAGUGCUGUUGAGAGUACGGAUGCUCUAUUACUUGAAAGCUGAAGUGCUGGGGGAGGCAGCUGAUAAAGCCUUUGAAGGAACCCCUGCCAAAGAUUUAGAUGUCUUGCUGCCAGACAUUGACUAUGUGGAGAUUCCUGUGGACUGGUGGAAUGCUGAUGCAGAUAAAUCCCUCCUCAUUGGAGUUUUUAAACAUGGUUAUGAACGGUACAAUGCAAUGCGAGCUGACCCAGCUCUGUGUUUUCUUGAGAAAGUGGGCAUGCCAGAUGAGAAACUGCUGUGUGCGGAGCAGAAUGUCACUGAUGGAGUACAGGAUGCUCCAGAACGAGGAAAUACAGACAAAGAAGAGAGCAGUGCAGAUAGACUUGCUGGAGUAGAGAAACAGGAGGAAAUUUCUGAUACUUGUGGUCCAGUUCCUGAGAAGAAGGAUGAUAAUGUGGCAGCCCAGGAUGGCUCCGACCCAGACAAAUCCAGCUGGCCUGUGUCAUCUGCUCUCACAGCCAGACUUCGGCGUCUAGUCACUAUCUAUCAGCGUUGCAACCGCAAAGAACUGCUGCCUAGACCUGAUGUUAUUGGAACUUGUAAGCAUGGCCAUUGGCUCCAAGAGGAAAUGAUUAGGAGAGCCAAUGAAAUGGACCCUAUGAACAAUGAAAUACAGAAGAGAUGGACCAGAAGAGAGCAAGCAGAUUUCUAUCGCACAGUCUCCUCAUUUGGAGUCAUUUAUGAGCCAGAAAAGAAAGUCUUUGAUUGGACUCAAUUCCGAUCCAUUUCACGCUUGGAGAAGAAAACUGACGAAAGUUUAGAAAAAUAUUUCUAUAACUUUGUUGCUAUGUGUAAAAAUGUUUGUCGGUUGCCCCACUGGAAAGAUGAUGGCCCAACAGAUCCCAAUAUUUAUGUGGAACCCAUCACAGAGGAACGUGCUGCAAGGACGCUGUAUCGAAUUGAACUCUUGCGGAAGAUCCGUGAGCAAGUGUUGAGGUGUCCACAGUUACAUGAAAGACUCAAACUUUGCCGCCCAAGCCUAUACCUCCCUGUUUGGUGGGAAUGCGGCAAACAUGAUCGGGACCUGCUAAUUGGUACGGCAAAGCACGGACUGAAUCGCACAGACUAUUACAUAAUGAAUGAUCCACAGUUGUCGUUUCUGGAUGCUUACAGAAAUUACGCUCAGAAUAAAAGGACAGGGCUCCUUGGAGAAGAACACUUAUGCUGUCACCACCAAGCAAAUUCUAAACUAUAUUACUCGCCUUUGUAUAAUCAAGCAGAAGAAAGAAAGCAGCAUCAGCAGAGGCAGAAACAGAAAACUGUGCUAAGCUCAUGAUCUCAGGAAUGAUCUUUUGCAGGCUGAAAAUGCCUCUCAGGAUGGCAGCUGUGAAAAUUUCAUGUCUAAGGUCCGAAGUAUGAUUUCCGCUAACUAUGAUGAGAGUUCUUUGCCUGACUCUUUGUCAUGCAUGAUGUAUGAUGAGAAGGCCUGCAAUAGUGAGCACAGUUCUUUUGCUCGUGACAGCCCUAGCU